GCGGCGCCCAUGGAGACAAGCUGAGCCGUGUUCGCCUAAGGGCCUCCCGCCUUCUGGAGAUGGCUUCCGCUUGGCGGAGACUGGGUUUCUGUGUCUGUGUCCUGAAAAGGCAGCUCCGUGGUGGCCCGGAUGUCCUCAGCGGGGGAAGGAGAGCGGUGCCAGGAUGUGCCCGGGGAAUUUACAGUGCCACGGGGCAGUGGACGAGAGAGUAUACGCUGCAGACCAGGAAGGAUGUCGAGAAGUGGUGGCACCCGCAGAUCAAAGACCAGGCCUCCAGAACCCCUGAUGCCGAUAGGUCCAAGCCCAAGUUCUACGUGCUCUCCAUGUUCCCCUACCCUUCCGGCAAGCUGCACAUGGGCCACGUGCGCGUGUACACCAUCAGCGACGCCAUCGCGCGGUUCCAGAGGAUGCGAGGGAUGCAGGUCAUCAACCCCAUGGGGUGGGACGCGUUCGGACUGCCUGCCGAAAACGCCGCCAUCGAGAGGAAGCUGCACCCGGAAAGCUGGACGCAGAGCAACAUCAAGCACAUGAGGAGGCAGCUGGACCGGCUGGGCCUGUGCUUCAGCUGGGACAGGGAAAUCACCACGUGUUCACCAGAUUACUACAAGUGGACCCAAUACCUCUUUAUCAAACUCUACGACGCCGGACUGGCCUAUCAGAAGGAGGCCCUGGUUAACUGGGACCCGGUGGACCAGACGGUGCUGGCCAACGAGCAGGUGGACGAGCACGGCUGUUCCUGGCGUUCUGGAGCCAAGGUCGAGCAGAAGUACCUCAGACAGUGGUUUAUUAAGACGACGGCUUACGCAAAGGCCAUGCGGGACGGGCUGGCGGACCUUCCGGAGUGGUAUGGCAUCAAAGGCAUGCAGGCCCACUGGAUCGGGGACUGCGUGGGCUGCCAUCUGGACUUCGAGCUAAAGGUUGACGGGCAAGCCACAGGAGAAAAGCUGACCGCCUACACGGCCACCCCCGAGGCUGUGUACGGCGCGUCCCAUGUUGCGGUCACUCCCAGCCACAGACUGUUGCACGGGCACAGCCCUCUGAAGGGGGCCUUCCGGGAGGCGCUGGUCGCCGGCAGAGACUGCCGCACGCCCGUGACAGCUGUGAACAUGCUCACCCAGCAGGAGGUCCCUGUCGUCAUCUUGGCCAAAGCUGACUUCGAGGGCUCUCUGGACUCAAAAAUAGGAAUCCCCAGCACCAGCCCAGAGGACGCCAUCGUGGCCCAGAGGCUGGGCCUGCCCUACUCCGACGUCAUCGAAACGGCGCCAGACGGCACGGAGAGGCUGAGCGGCUCUGCCGAGUUCACAGGGAUGCACCGGCGGGAAGCGUUCCUCGCCCUGACUCAGAAGGCCCGGAGGAUGCGAGUGGGCGGCGACGUGACGAGCGACAGGCUGAAGGACUGGCUGAUCUCCCGGCAGCGGUACUGGGGCACGCCGAUCCCCAUGGUGCACUGCCCGGCCUGCGGCCCCGUGCCCGUGCCCCUGGAGGACUUGCCCGUGACCUUGCCCAGCAUCACCUCCUUCACGGGCCGGGGAGGCUCCCCGCUGGCCACGGCUUCGGAGUGGGUGAACUGCCCCUGCCCCAGGUGCCGGGGAGCGGCCAAGAGAGAGACAGACACGAUGGAUACCUUUGUGGACUCUGCCUGGUACUACUUCAGAUACACCGACCCUCACAACCUGCACAGGCCCUUCAGCGCCGCGCUGGCCGACUACUGGAUGCCCGUGGAUCUGUACAUCGGCGGGAAAGAGCACGCCGUCAUGCACUUGUUCUACGCGAGGUUCUUGAGCCAUUUCUGCCACGAUCAAAAAAUGGUCAAACACAGAGAACCUUUUCGUAAGCUGCUGGCCCAAGGCCUCAUCAAGGGGCAGACGUUCCGCCUACCCUCUGGCCAAUGCCUACAGAGAGAGGAAGUAGACCUCACAGGCCCCGUGCCCGUCCGCGCAGGGACGGGGGAGGAGCUGGAGGUGACGUGGGAGAAGAUGAGCAAGUCCAAGCACAACGGGGUGGACCCCGAGGAGGUGGUGGAGCAGUACGGCCUCGACACGGUCCGCCUCUACCUCCUGUUCGCCGCGCCCCCGGAGAAGGACAUCCUGUGGGACGUGAAGACCGACGCGCUCCCCGGCGUGCUGAGAUGGCAGCAGCGUCUGUGGUCCCUGGUGACGCGAUUCAUCGAGGCCAGGGCCUCGGGGGAGGCGCCCCGGCCGCAGCUGCUGAGCAGCGAGGAGAGAGCGGAGGCCCGGAAGCUCUGGGAGUACAAGAACUCGGUCAUCUCUCAGGUGACCGCCCACUUCACAGAGGACUUCUCCCUGAACUCAGCGAUCUCCCAGCUGAUGGGGCUCAGCAGUGCCCUCCUGCAAGCCUCCCCGGGAGUGGUCCUCCACAGCCCCGAGUUCGAGGACUCGCUGGGCGCCCUGCUGGUGAUGGCUGCUCCGAUGGCCCCGCACGUCGCCUCCGAGCUCUGGGCAGGCUUGGCGCUGGUGCCACAGAAGCUGUGCUCCCACCAUGCCUGGGACGCCAACGUGCUGCUCCAGCCGUGGCCCACCGUGGACCCGCAGUUCCUGCAGCAGCCGGACGUGGUGCAGAUGGCCGUCCUGAUCAACAACAGAGCCUGUGGCAAAGUCCCCGUGCCCCAGCAGGUGGCCCGGGACCAGGACAAAGUGCAUGAGCUUGUUCUUCAAAGCGAGCUGGGCGCCAGGCACCUCCAAGGGCGGAGCAUCAAGAAAGCCUUUCUCUCCCCCAGAACGGCCCUCAUCAACUUCCUGGUGCAGGAGUGAUGGGAGGGGGUGGGGGGGCACGGGGCCUCGAAGGGACCUCCAUCCGGGCCUGGGUGGCAAGAAGCGGUGCUGGCCCAGGGGCAGGGGAGACACAGAUGACUUGAACGUUUGCCUUCGUGCCUGUGUGGCGUGGCCUGGUGCAGGGGUGAGGGCGGGCAGAGGAGAAACGGGAGUGAAGGGGGGGCAAGAGCACCUGUCCCACUGUGCCCCCCGCCUUGUGCUGGAGGAAGCCACCGGACCCCGUGUGGAGCCAGCGGACAUGCAGCUGGGUGGGAAUGAGCGGAAGUGGCGGGAAUGGGCACCUUGCCUCUCGAGCCACAGCCCGGGUGCUUCUGGGUCCCAGGAACCCCACUGUCUCCGCCCCACCCAGGAGCAGGAGGGUGAGCUGAGCCAGCCCAUGAGGCUUGGGGGCAGUGCGGACAGCCACCUGGAACAGGGACAGGGCCUGGGCAUCAUGGCGGGUGGGUUCCUCACCUCCUAGCCCAGGGGGAAAGCCACUGGGGUCACGCCCAUGUACCCUACAGGCGGAGUGGACGCUGGGGUCCUCAGAAGUUGCUCUGACCGAAAAGGCAGCGGUGCCAGUCCCUCUGCCAGUGUCCCCGCCGCCCCUCAGCUUCGCCUUGCCGGUCACGCCCUGCCCGGCCCGGUUGGACGUGCCCGCCAGGCCUGC